CGAUUUACUUUUAUUAGCGUCUACUGCAGUGUUGUUGAAAAAAAAGAGAGCAAAUAGGCAAAAGAAAACGGAGUGGAUGAAAGUUUGGUACCAAAAACGGAAGCAAUUUACUCAUGAAAAUCUAUUAAACGAAUUAAAAUUAUCAAACAAAAGCGAUUAUCAUCAAUUUUUACGAAUGGACUCAGAAACCUUCAAUGAACUUUUAACUAUGGUGAAGCCAAUAAUAGAAAAGCAAAACACAGUAAUGCGAGAAGCUAUUGCACCUAACAUGCGAUUGUCAGCAACACUUAGAUAUUUGGCUACCGGAGAAAAAUUUGAAAAUCUAAAGUUCAUGACAGCAAUAUCCCCAAGAUCUCUUGGAUUGAUUGUAAUAGAAACUUGUGAAGCUCUUAUUUCAAGGCUUUCCAGUUUUAUAAAGGUGCCGCAAUCAGAAUCAGAUUGGAAAAAAAUUGCAGAUGAUUUCAUUGAAGCAUGGAAUUUCCCCAAUUGCAUAGGAGCUAUCGACAGCAAACACAUCGCAAUUAUAAAACCGGCUAAAUCCGGCUCAUUCUAUUACAACUAUAAGAAAUUUCAUAGUAUUGUACUCAUGGCAACGGUUAAUGCAAACUAUGAAUUCAUAGUAGCUGAUGUUGGCACGAAUGGUCGUAUUUCGGACGGUGGAGUAAAAAAAAUACCGAUUUUGGCAGAGCACUCUACAGCAAAUCUUUGCUAAUACCUCCACCAUCGCAACUACCUAACAGCGACAAGGUGCUGCCGUAUGUUUUUGUGGGAGAUAAUGCUUUCCAAAUGCAGGAACACCUUUUAAAACCGUUUUCCGGUCCCAAUUUCACAACCAAAGAACGCAUUUUCAAUUAUAGAUUAAGCAGAGCACGCAGAAUUGUAGAAAAUGUAUUUGGAAUAUUGGCAUCAAGGUUUGGCGUUCUGCAAACCACUAUUUCACUCACACCAGAAAAAACACGAACUAUUGUUUUAACUUGUUACUAUCUGCACAAUUUUUUGCGCCAAAAAAAACAUAUGCAUUCACAAACUUAAUUGACCAAAAAUUUUCAACACAGGAAAUUUAAUGGAAGGAAGCUGGCGCAAUGAGAUAGAUCUAAAUGCUCUGGAAUGUACGCAAAUACGUAAUUCCUCAAAUAAAGCGAAACAAAUUCGCGAUACUUUCGCUGAAUACUUCAGCCACGAAGGUGCAGUAUCUUGGCAAGCAAAAUUCACAAAUUAAUAAACAUGAAUCACUAUAUUAUUUUAA